AUGGAGUUUCUCUCUGUACUUUUUGGCUUUACAAUAAUGCACUUGUGUUUCCUGAUCUGGAAAUUGUUUGAUCUGAGAAGAGACCAAGAGUGUUACAUAUUAAGCUACCAAUGUUACAAGCCAAGGGAUGAAAGAAAGCUUGGAAGUGAUCUUUGUGGCAAGAUCAUAGCAAACAAUGAGUAUAUUGGUCUGAAUGAGUGCAAGUUCUUCCUCAAAGCCAUUGUCAACUCAGGGAUUGGCGAGGAAACUUACGCUCCAAGAAACUUCAUCGAAGGCCGAGCUGUGAACCCGAUAUUGGAAGAUGAAAUCACUGAGAUGGAAGAGUUCUGUCAUGACAGCAUUGCAAAGCUUCUGACCAAAUCAGGCAUUUCACCUUCGGAGAUCGAUGUUCUUGUGGUAAAUGUAUCUUUGUUUUCUUCUACUCCUUCUUUAGUUUCAAGAAUCACUAACCAUUACAAAAUGAGAGAGGACAUAAAAGCUUACAACCUCUCUGGUAUGGGUUGUAGUGCUAGUCUUAUUUCAUUAGACGUUAUUCAAAACAUUUUCAAGUCACAAAAGAACAAGUACGCUCUUUUGUUGACUUCAGAGUCUCUUAGCACAAACUGGUAUUCAGGCAACAACAGGUCAAUGAUCCUAGCUAACUGUCUUUUUCGCACCGGCGGAUGCGCUAUUCUUCUCACAAAUAAAAGAUCCUUAAAGCACAAAGCUAUACUGAAACUCAAGUGUUUAGUGCGAACUCAUCACGGCGCUAGAGACGACGCGCAUAACUGUUGUAGUCAAAAGGAAGACGAACAAGGCCGCCUUGGUUUUUACCUAGCGAAAGAUCUUCCGAAAGCGGCGACAAGAGCUUUCGUUGAUAAUCUAAGAGUGCUAUCACCAAAAAUUCUACCAGCUAGGGAACUACUCAGGUUUCUGUUCAUGUCACUGAUAAAAAAAGUGUCAAAGCUCCAUGUUCCUAAGUCAGCUGCAGGUGCUGGUGCAACAAUGAACAAAUCACCAUUGAAUUUCAAAACUGGUGUUGAUCAUUUCUGCCUUCACACAGGAGGAAAAGCGGUGAUCGACGGAAUCGGAAUGAGCUUAGAUCUGAGUGAGUAUGACCUAGAGCCAGCAAGAAUGUCCUUGCAUAGAUUUGGAAACACAUCAGCUAGUAGCUUAUGGUAUGUGCUAGGGUAUAUGGAAGCUAAGAAGAGACUGAAAAAAGGUGAGAGAGUAUUGAUGAUAAGUUUAGGUGCUGGCUUUAAAUGCAAUAGCUGUUUGUGGGAGGUAAUGAGAGAUGUUGGAGAUAGAAAUGUGUGGGACGAUUGCAUUGAUAACUAUCCACCACAUUCAUUGGCCAACCCAUUCAUGGAGAAGUACGGUUGGAUUAAUAGUAUUCAAGAUGCAAAAAUUUUCAGAGAAAAACUUGCUGAGUAUUUUCUCAACUGA